AUGACUGGCGAUGAGGAGCAUGGCGAGCCCCUCCUUGCCGAUGAGCAUGAGGAUCUACAGGUUCUCUCACCCAUCCAGGAACCUGAAGAUCUCAUAAAUCAUGCUCCCCCCAGUUCAACGCCAUUGCCCCCGACAAACCCAAAGCAUUCAAAGCGACAAUCCUCCAUAUCGCAACCAGCCCCCGACGGGCAGCGACGAACCCCUCGGACCACAAACCGUGUGCGAUUCGAUCUCGAUGAAGGGUCAAACAUAGACCUCGACGAGCUGCACUCCAAUGGCCAUCCCCGCAGCCCCGACGAAGACGCGAGAUGGCUAGACGAGGAGGACUACGAGCUUGGCGAGCAUGGGUCUCCCAGAACCAGGCGGAAUGGAGGACAGACGGUGCCGCUCUUGACCGACAUUGAAGCUCCCAGCGUCACUCUCGCCACUUCAGACGACUUUUUCCCGGAGGACCACCUGGAGAACGCCCGUCCGCGGAGCGGGAUGAAAAUGGCGUUUAUGAACAUGGCCAAUAGUAUCAUUGGAGCGGGUAUCAUUGGACAGCCAUAUGCUCUGCGUCAGGCUGGUCUCACAAUGGGCAUUGUGCUUUUGACAGCUUUGACAGUCACGGUGGACUGGACCGUGCGCUUGAUCGUGGUCAAUUCGAAGCUGAGCGGAGCAGACUCGUUCCAAGCAACAAUGCAGCAUUGCUUCGGAAAGGGUGGAUUGAUUGCCAUAUCAAUUGCGCAAUGGGCUUUUGCCUUCGGUGGCAUGGUUGCGUUCUGUAUCAUCGUCGGCGACACGAUUCCUCACAUCUUCGAUACUUUAUUUCCGUCUCUAAGGAAUAUCACCUUCUUGUGGCUCCUUACGGAUCGCCGGGCGGUCAUUGUGCUGUUUGUUCUCGGUGUCUCUUAUCCCUUGUCACUUUACAGAGACAUUGCGAAGUUAGCGAAAGCGUCGGCCCUGGCACUGGUCAGUAUGCUAGUUAUCGUGGUAGCUGUCAUCACUCAAGGGUUUCGAGUCCCCUCCGAAUCACGAGGCGAAGUCAAAAGUCUCCUUUUCGUGAAUUGGGGGGUUUUCCAAGCAGUUGGUGUCAUAUCGUUUGCAUUUGUUUGCCACCACAAUAGCCUACUCAUCUACGGGUCUUUGAAGAAACCUACCCUUGACAGAUUCGCUAUCGUGACCCACUAUUCUACUGGAAUCUCUUUGGCGAUGUGCCUUGCCAUGGGAAUAGCUGGGUUCCUUUCCUUUGGGUCUAAAACUCAAGGCAAUGUUCUCAACAAUUUCCCAUCCAACAAUGUUGUGGUCAAUAUUGCACGAUUCUGCUUCGGGUUAAACAUGCUGACAACCCUCCCUUUGGAGGCAUUUGUCUGCCGCUCGGUUAUGACCACUUACUACUUCCCGGACGAGCCGUUCAACGCGCAUCGACAUCUUAUUUUUACCACCUCCCUCGUGAUGACAUCUGUCGCGCUAGCACUGAUAACGUGCGAUCUUGGCAGCGUGUUUGAGUUGAUUGGCGCAACAAGCGCGGCGUCCCUUGCGUACAUUUUCCCGCCCCUUUGUUAUAUCAAACUCAGCAGUGCUAGCCGAAAGGAAAAGAUCCCAGCAUAUCUAUGCGUCGGGUUUGGCAUCAUUGUUAUGGGUGUCAGUGUCGUCCAGGCUAUUGGGAAGAUGAUUCGGAACGACGGUGAAGGCCACUCAUGUGCUGCACCUUAG